GUGGUUUUUGCUUAAAUUACAUAUGACUGCUAAAAUUUGUUUCCUAUUUUAUUCAAGUUCUACUUUACAAUUUAAAAAUAGAAUGUGCAGCUGAUUUCUGGAAAACAUGACAUUUUUGAAAAGACUUCCAAAACAAAUUUUUUAUAGUUGUAAAAGGUUAUCUUCUAACAAAACCUCGAAUUCCAAAUGGGAGACAGUAGUUGGAUUAGAGAUUCAUGCACAAAUUAAUGCAAAAUCAAAGUUGUUCUCUAGUGCUGGUACAAAUUUUGGUGCUCCAACAAACACCGAAGUUUCCUAUUUUGAUGCAGCUAUUCCUGGAACUUUGCCUGUGCUGAACAAAUAUUGUGUGGAAGCUGGAAUUUUGACUGCACUUGCAUUAAAUUGCACUGUGAAUAAAAAAUCCACAUUUGACAGGAAGCACUACUUUUAUCCAGAUUUACCAGCUGGCUAUCAAAUAACCCAACAGUUUAAUCCUCUUGCAAAUAAUGGAUACAUUACUUUUGUAGUGUGUAGUAAAUCACAGGGUGAUGAGCCUUAUGAAUGUAGAUGUAAUUUGAAACAAAUUCAACUAGAGCAAGACAGUGGGCGGAGUUUUCACGUAGCCAACAAAAAAAGCUUUGUUGAUCUAAAUAGAGUAGGUAUUGGACUAAUGGAACUUGUUUUUGAACCUGAUUUGAGGAAUGGAAUUGAAGCUUCCUCUUUGGUAAAAGAGCUAAUGCUUAUACUAAGGAAAAUAAACACCUGUUCUUGUGAAAUGGAAGAGGGAGCAUUACGGGUUGAUGCCAAUAUUUCAGUAAACCAAGUUGGAGAAUCGCUUGGUGUCAGAACUGAAGUUAAAAAUAUCAAUAGUUUACGCUUCAUUGCACAAGCAAUAGAUUUUGAAAUAAGCAGGCAGAUAAAUAUCCUAGAAAAAGGAGGCAUAGUUUCAAAUGAAACAAGAGCUUUUGACUACCACUCAAAAGAAACUGUGUAUAUGAGAGACAAAGAAGCACUUCAGGAUUAUCGCUUUAUGCCUGAACCAAAUCUCCCUCCUAUACGACUAAGUGAUGAUGUUGAUGCAACUGAUGAUUAUUGUAUAUCAGUUAAUAAAUUGCGUGAAAAGCUUCCAAAGCUUCCAUCUGUUGAGCGAGCAGAACUGAUGAGCAAAUAUAAGGUGCCAUAUAAUAUUGCUGACAUAUUUGUGAGCACUGAUGGUUUAAGAUCUAUGUUUGAAACAAUUGCCUGUACUGUCCCUGAUGUUAUGUAUAUCAGUAAUUUUCUAUUGAAUAAUGUUCAGCAUCAGUUGAACAUCAGGAAACUCACAUUUAAAAAUUGGUAA